CGUUUGUUCUUUAAAUCUACACUGAACAGAGUUACGUUAGAGGCUUUUAAGAGAAAUUCUCUCAUUCUCUAUAAUUGUUUUGCAACAAGGUUUUGUUCUCCCCACUCAUCAAUGGCUAGACACAAGAAUCUUCUCAAAAAUGAUGAUCUUCUUAAGUAUAUUUUGGAUACAAGCGUUUAUCCAAGAGAGCAUGAACAACUAAAGGAAUUGAGAGAGGUAACAAUGAAACUUAUAAGGGGAGAAAUGAGUGUGCCUCCAGAAGAAGGGAGCUUUUUAUCAAUUAUUUUAAAGCUAAUGAAUGCUAAGAAGGCUAUAGAGAUUGGAGUUUUUACUGGCUAUUCACUUCUCACCACUGCGUUGGCAUUGCCAGAGGAUGGAAAGAUAACGGCGAUCGAUAUAAAUAGAUCAUCAUUUGAAAUAGGCCUACCUUUUAUUCGAAAAGCAGGAGUGGAGGAAAAGAUUAACUUUAUUGAGUCUGAAGCAAUUCCUAUCCUUGACAAAAUGAUUGAAGAGGCCAAAGAUGAUAAAGAGAAAUUAUAUGAUUACGCAUUUGUGGAUGCUGAUAAAACAAACAACAGAGAGUAUCAUGAAAGGUUGAUGAAACUAGUCAAGAUAGGUGGAGUCAUUGUAUAUGACAAUACUCUCUGGUCAGGUGCUGUGACAGAGCCUAUAAAUUCUUCACAUUCUUCACUCCCACAAAGGUUUAUUGAAACAAAGAAUUUUUUUGUCAAGUUUAAUGAAUUUCUAGCUCUUGAUCCUAGACUAGAAAUCACUCAAGUUUGCAUUGGAGAUGGAGUCACCAUUUGCAGGCGUAUCCUUUAAAAUAGGAUAUUAUUGUUCACUUUUAUUUCAAAUAAAAAGUUUUAUUUAUGAAUGUAAUUUUAGUUUAAAUAUGGAAUAAGUCUCUCUGUUACCUCUA